GUCGGCGGACGGUUCAUUCAUCAAAACCCUAGUUUUGUUGAUAUAUAAUAUAGGAAGGACUGCAUCUUCUUCAUUUGCUUCAGGGUUUUGCUUCUCCGCCGUCGAGAUCUCAGGUUCUGCAGUGCUCUCCAUCAGCAACAAAAAAUGGUCGCCUCCAAGAAAACUAAGAAGACUCACGAGAGCAUCAACAGUCGGCUUGCUCUUGUGAUGAAGAGCGGAAAGUAUACGCUAGGCUACAAGACCGUUCUUGAGUCUCUCAGGAGCUCCAAAGUUUCUUUCACAGCAAAACUGGUUAUCAUCUCCAACAACUGCCCCCCUCUUAGGAAGUCUGAGAUUGAGUACUAUGCAAUGUUGGCCAAGGUUGGAGUUCACCACUACAACGGGAACAAUGUGGACCUGGGGACUGCCUGUGGGAAAUACUUCAGAGUUUGCUGCCUCAGCGUAAUUGACCCAGGUGAUUCUGAUAUUAUAAAGAGCAUGCCCGCUGAUCAUUGAGGACAAACUUGGUGGUGAAGGCUCUAGAGUAAUUUUGAUCCAAGUGAUGAAAAUUGUUGGUUGUUUCUCUAUAAGAAGUGUGGUUAAUGUAGAUGAUACCUGUUCUCUGUUUCUGUUAAGAUUAUUUUACCGAAAUUCUUAAUGAUUUUAAGUCGACACUUCAUCUGAGAUCUCCUAAAUAGCUAUUAAAAUAUCAUAUUUUCGGGUUGCUUCUUGUGGGAAAA